AUGGUAAUUGGAAAAUUGGAAAAUACAAAUCCAAUAUCAAAUCGUCACCAAUUAUGCUACUUAACCUGGAAGUUCAAUGGUAUUGAAAUGGUUGAGGGAUCAGAUUUAGCCACUGCUUUAGGCUCACAAACCAUUCAACAACUCAAAAGCGUCGUAUUAGAUCCUGAUCUAAGUGGCAAUCCACCUCAACCGGUCGCUGUUCACCCAUCGCUUGUACGAUGUCUCAAGCCACACCAAGCAAAAGGAAUUCAGUUUCUAUAUGAUAGUACCAUCGAAUCGCUUGAUCGCAUAAAGGAUGGCGGAGGUGGUGGUAUUCUUGCCCACUGUAUGGGCCUAGGAAAGACUUUACAAGUAAUAGCUUUUCUACACACUAUUUUGAUGUAUCCGAAAAUUUCUGAUUAUAUAAAACGUGUAUUGGUUAUCGUACCGAAAAAUGUCGCGUUAAAUUGGUAUAGUGAAUUUCAAAAGUGGCUAUAUAAUGAUGAUAUUGAUCCUGAGCUUGCAACAAUUGAUGUUAUGGAAUUUGAUUCAUUGAAAAAUAACAAUGACCGUCAUGCAGCCUUAAAGAAUUGGUAUAAUUGUUGUGAACCUUCAGUAAUGAUAAUUGGUUAUGAUAUGUUUAGAAUCUUGGUGCAAGACGAUGAUGAUCGGAAUAAAAGGAAAGGUGAUUCUGAAGGAAACAAAAAAAAUAAGAACAAGCGAAUCAAGAAAUUUCAAAAAAUGCAACCCGAUUUUCGGAAAUUUCUACAAAAUCCAGGACCUGAUCUAAUUGUCUGUGAUGAAGCGCAUAAAUUGAAAAAUGCAGAGUCGACAUUGGCCAAAACGAUGUUGAAAAUACGUACCAAACGACGUAUUUGUCUUAGUGGUACUCCUCUCCAAAAUAAUUUGCUCGAGUAUCAUUGCAUGGUCAGUUUUGUUAAGCCAGGAUUGCUUGGUACAAAAACAGAAUUUUCAAACCGUUUUGCUAACAUCAUCAAUCGUGGACGUACAAAAGAUGCUACUCCUACUGAAGUGCGUUUCAUGAAGCGUCGGUGUCAUGUUUUAUACGAACAUUUAAAGAAAGUUGUUGAUCGCAAAGAUUAUCGUGUGUUAACUGAAGCAAUUCCACCGAAACAAGAAUAUGUGAUAAACAUAAGACUGACUCCUCGACAAAUUGCUCUUUAUCGUACGUUUUUGGAAUCUGUUGGUCAGGACGAAAUCGGCCUAAGCAAACGCAUUCUUCCAGAUUAUCAUAUUUUAGCAAGAAUUUGGACUCAUCCGUAUCAGUUGAUUUCCCAUGAAAUCAAUAGCGAACGAAAGCGUUUGGCAUUGCAAGAAAAAGAAAGUGAUGACGAUUUUAUUGAUGAUGAAGAAAUAGAAGAAAGUGAAGAAAGCGAUUCUUCAGUUAAAGUGGAAUCUGAUGAUGAUAUAAUUAAUAUUGAUGAAGUGGCUCCAAAAAAACUGAAUAUAAAUGCAUAUAAAUGUCGCAGAUCCAAACGCAUAGCGGGUGAACCUCUUGAAGAAAUUUAUGAUGAUGCGGUAACUUGUAAUCGCUCCGGCUGGUAUUCAGAAUCCGGCCUCGUUUCUGACGCUGAUCGGAACGAUUUUUUUCUUAGCAAUAAAUUAAGACUGCUUACAGAAAUAUUGAAAAAAUGUGAAGAAAUCGGUGAUAAAUUAUUGGUGUUUUCGCAAAGUAUCGAAUCUCUCGCACUCAUUAAGCGUAUGCUUCGGUAUCUGGAUAGCGAGGACUUGUGGUUUUCAGAUGGUCAUGAAAUAGCAAAAAUUGUUGGUGAAACGUGGGGAUGGGUUGAAGGGUUGGAUUUCAUGGUAAUUGAUGGUCAAGUACAGUCUAGCAAACGACAAGAAGUUCAAAAUAAAUUCAAUGAUCCCGAAAACUUACGUGCACGACUUAUGCUUAUAUCUACUCGUGCUGGUUCUCUUGGUACAAAUAUGGUAUCUGCUAAUCGAGUGGUCAUAUUCGAUGCUUGUUGGAAUCCAUCACAUGAUACUCAGUCGCUUUUUCGAGUUUAUCGAUUUGGGCAAACGAAACCUGUAUAUAUAUAUCGCUUUAUCGCUCAGGGUACCAUGGAAGAACUCAUAUAUAAGCGUCAAGUGACAAAGGAAUCUACUUCUUUACGUGUUGUUGAUGAGGCGCAAAUUCAGCGACAUUUUGCUAUCGAUGAUCUUCAAGAACUUUACAAGUUUAAUCCAGAUGAAAUUGAUUCAGAUCCAAGCAAAAGGCCUAGUAUGGCUCCUCCUAAAGAUCGUCUUCUUGCUGAUAUAAUCUUUUCGCACAAGGAUUGUAUUGUAAAUUAUAUUUUGCACGAUUCGCUCUUUGAAAAUCUCGAAGGAGAAAAGCUUACAGAGCAGGAAUGUCAAGAAGCUUGGGAUGAUUAUGAAAAAGAAAAGAGCAUGACACUGACGAAUCGUGGUCAAUAUUUGAGUUAUGAGAAUCAAUUACUGGAAGAAAAAAUGCGAUUGUUGCAACAGGGGCCUGAAAGAAGUAGAUUUGUUUUUUUACUAGUCCUUUUACUGAUAUUUAUUCACUUCUGUGAAGUUUCAAAAUGCUUAGAUAGUUUAUUGCCUGGUAUGUCCGUUAAUAUUCGAGGCGGUAUGAAUGAAUUUUCUCCAUUUUUCAUGGCCAUGGUUAAUGAAACGAUUAAUACAGGUGGGACCCAUCUUAUUUUGCUGAAUAAAGCAAUUAAUACUUUUCGUACAGUUGUCGCUCUAGCAAGGAACGAACAAGAUUGUUUACCAAUAUUGCGGCAUCUUUAUAGUAUCGCUAAUCAGUUUUUCGAUCCAAUGCAACCGCCACCCCUCUGA